GAAGAGUCUCUUCAUAGGAUGCAAAUCAAAUCAACCUCUGGCCGAACAGAAGAAACAUGAAGUGGGUAAUUAUUGCGCUGUCAUUGAUAACGACGAGUGGAGCGAGUUUAGAGCCAACGGGCUACAAACCACCGGUCACAUCAGCGGCGUCCGACCAAUAUCUACCCCCGAGUUACCGCGGUGCAUCACCACGGGGAGUCCUAACACCGGAAUCCCAUUAUCUUCCGCCAAAUCACCAAAGCUUACCCCAAAAUGUAAUACCAAAUUCUCUGUACUUACCGAGUGCUCGCCCACCGAGUAGCCUCCACAAUUCAGUUUCCCCCUCAUCGCUCUCACUACUCAGCGAACGAUACUUACCCUCCCACCAUUCCUCUCCACCUAUUGCCACCCCAAGUCACCAUCAUGCAUCAGAUACCGUACAAGAUAGCCGUAUCGGUCAUCAUGUAUCACCGAACCCACCCCCCUCUCGUGUAACUCAACAUACUGCCAAUCGGAAUAUCGUUUCCUCUCAAUAUCUACCCCCGAGUCAGCGCGAUGAGACAUUCACCCAGGCAAUACCCUCAUCCACCUAUCUGCCGGCUAAUCAGAAUCAAUACGCUGAAAUUCAGCCCUCAACAUCGAUCGUACCCCCUAAUACCUAUCUGACGCCAAACAAGUUCUCAACUGCGUCGCCUGGAGGAUUCUCAGGAUCACAUCUCGAUCGUGGCGAUAGCCACUUAAACUCGGGGAGACUGAGUCAACCAGCGGGACACUACUAUCCCGAUAGUGGUUACGAUAUAUCGGGAAGCAACGGGGGAUACAUGUACGAACAACCUCCAGCCAAGUACCAGUUCGAAUACCGCGUGAAUGACGAAUACGGUAAUGAUUACAGUCACAAAGAGUCUCGGGAAGGUGACAAUACCCAGGGUGUCUACACAGUGCUCUUACCAGAUGGUCGUAAGCAGAUUGUUCAUUACAAGGCCGAUCGAAAUGGCUACAUGCCAACGAUCACGUACGAGGAUGCUGCACCAGGAAAGUCUGGGUACAAUCAAGGAUACUAG